GAAGCCUUGCCGACUUCCGAAAGAAAGAUGCCGCCAAGAUAGGGCAAGAUUCAAGCAAGGUCGUCAGGGCGGAGAAGCUCCCUCGUCUUCGUCUCCGAUGGACCGGAUCACGGCGGCCAACGAGGUCGCCUUCAGAAUUGGGUUCUCCGGUCACAGUGGACAUCUCAGACUCGAACCUCUCCCACCCGUCGAGAGCUCCAACCCCCUUCGAUCUCUCCCCGACUUCAUCCUCCCGCCAGCAUUCCCGGCAGAAACAUCAGAAAGUUUGAAAGAGAAUCUGGAGGAGAAGUACCUUCUCCCGGAAUUGGAUCCUGAUGAGUUCUCGGUGGAAAACUCGGGAAGGCAGUGGGUAUUCGAUUGGUUUGAUAGCGCGAAGGUUCACCUGGAACCUUCCGCUCCUCGUUCUGUUGUGGCGCCCUCGUGGGAAUUGCCCUUUAGGCGGUCAAAGAAAACAGGCUCGACGGGGUUAUGGGAUCCGAGCUCAGUGCAGAUAGAUGUGACAGAGCUGAUGGGAGGACCUCAGGAUUCUGGAACCUUGGGACGCAUGCCUGGACCAGCAAAGGAUUUUGUCAGAGGCAGUAUGAACAACCGCCCGUUCCGCCCAGGAGGUCUUGAUGAUUCUCGGACACCGGAGAGGGUCCUUCCUGAGGGUGCUUGCAGUGGUGAAUGGGUGCAUGAAGUUAUCAAUGGUGGUGUGGCUCAGGCUGUUCCUCCUAGUUUCAAGAAAGGGUUGGAGUUAGGUUGUCUUAAGGAAUUUCCUUACCAUUGGAAAUACACCAAUGAGCGGUUAUCUACAGGUCAGGUUGCGACAGAGGAAAACCUGGAUAGAUACUCGGUGCAAUUUGAUGAUUUAUUCAAGAAAGCUUGGGAAGAAGAUGUUAUUGAAGAAUCAAGAAGUGAUGAGUCUCCAGAGGCAAGAGUUGAAACAAAGGAGAGUGAUGCCAUCGACACUGUUCCUGAAGCUGAAACAAAGGAGAAUGAUGCCAUUGAUGCUAUUCCUGUAGCUGAAAGAAAGGAGACUGAUACUAUCAAUGCUAUUCCCAAAGCCGAAACUUCUUUAGAUGAGAUAUUGUUGACUGAACCAGCAGGGACAGCAUCAAAGUUAAGUGGAGCAAGCGAUGAUAGUGGGCAGAAAGAAGGAGAGGUCUGGGCUCUUGUUGGUGGGGGUGAGGAGAUUGUAAAUCACUUUUAUGAACUUGUCCCUGAUAUGGCGAUUAACUUUCCUUUUGAGUUGGAUAGAUUCCAAAAGGAGGCUAUAUAUUAUCUUGAGAAGGGUGACUCUGUUUUUGUAGCAGCACAUACUUCAGCUGGAAAGACAGUUGUUGCAGAAUAUGCAUUUGCUUUAGCAUCAAAGCAUUGCACACGGGCUGUCUACACUGCUCCCAUUAAAACCGUAAGCAACCAGAAGUACAGGGAUCUUUGCGGCAAGUUUGAUGUAGGUCUUCUUACCGGAGAUGUAAGCUUAAAGCCAGAGGCAUCUUGCCUCAUCAUGACUACUGAGAUAUUAAGGUCAAUGCUUUACAAGGGAGCUGAUAUUAUUCGUGACAUUGAAUGGGUUAUAUUUGAUGAAGUGCAUUAUGUAAAUGAUGUUGAAAGAGGUGUUGUCUGGGAAGAAGUUAUAAUCAUGCUUCCAAGGCAUGUCAACAUUGUCCUCCUUUCAGCAACGGUCCCAAACACAAUGGAAUUUGCAGACUGGAUUGGUCGGACAAAACAGAAGAAGAUCCGUGUUACUGGGACCACAAAGAGACCAGUUCCUCUUGAGCACUGCUUGUUCUAUUCUGGAGAAUUUUACAAAAUAUGUGAGGGAGAUUCCUUUUUGCCUCAGGGACUGAGAGCAGCUAAAGAUGCCUAUAAGAGGAAAAGUUCUAGUACUGUUGGAGGCAAAUCUGGAACAAAAUCAGGGCCUCCAACAUCCCUAGGCGCAACUCAAGUUAGGCAACCUGAUAAUUCUGGUCGAGGUAAAAUUCAAAAACACUCCAAACAUCGAGUGGUCGACAAUCUUUCGGGGACUAGUGGAGGUCACCAAAACAGUUGGGGAUCACGGAGAUCAGAGUCAUCAUUAUGGUUGUUGCUAAUAAACAAGCUUUCGAAGAAGUCCCUUUUGCCUGCUGUUAUAUUCUGCUUCUCGAAGAAUCGAUGUGAUAAAUCAGCAGAUAACAUGACUGGAAUGGACCUUACAAGUAAUUCUGAGAAAAGUGAAAUUCGUGUCUUUUGUGAUAAGGCUUUUUCACGCCUAAAGGGAUCUGACAGGAACCUACCACAGGUUGUCGGAGUGCAAAACCUAUUACGUCGAGGGAUUGGUGUGCACCAUGCUGGACUUCUUCCUAUUGUAAAGGAAGUUGUUGAAAUGCUCUUUUGUCGCGGCGUGAUUAAGGUGUUAUUCUCCACUGAAACAUUUGCAAUGGGAGUUAAUGCCCCAGCAAGAACGGUUGUCUUUGAUGCAUUGAGAAAGUUUGAUGGCAAGGAAUUCAGAAAGUUGCUUCCUGGGGAAUAUAUUCAAAUGGCUGGACGUGCUGGCAGGAGAGGACUGGAUAAGAUUGGUACAGUUAUUGUUAUGUGUCGUGAUGAAAUUCCAGAGGAGAGUGAUUUGAAGCAUGUGAUGGUUGGAAAACCAACUAGACUUGAAUCUCAGUUUAGAUUGACUUAUACCAUGAUUAUGCAUCUUCUUCGUGUUGAAGAAUUAAAGGUAGAAGACAUGCUGAAGAGAAGUUUUGCUGAGUUUCAUGCUCAGAAGAACUUGCCGGAAAAAGAAAGGCUUCUUUUGCAAAAGCUACGUCAAACUACUAAAAGUAUUGAAUGUAUAAAGGGCGAACCUGCUAUUGAAGAAUAUUAUGAGAUGGCAUCAGAAGCAGAGUCACACAGAGAACAUAUAGCACAGGCUAUGCAGUCGCACUCUGCUCUGCAAUUUCUUUCACCUGGAAGAGUGGUGGUUGUCAAAUCACAGUCAGCUGAAGAUCACUUACUCGGAGUCGUCCUGAAAACUCCUUCUGCUACAAACAAACAAUAUAUAGUUUUAGUAUUGGUGGCAGAUGUUGCUUCAUCUACGCAAACUCCAUCAGUUUCUUCAAAUAAACUGCAAGAGAAAGAAAGUGGCAAUUUUCACCAAGGUUAUUUUAUUGCUCCUAAAGGAAAACGUGGCAUGGAUGAAGAGUACUUUUCAUCCGUUAGUUCUCGUAGAGGAUCUGGUGUAAUAAAUAUAAAGUUGCCAUAUUGUGGCUGUGCUGCUGGGAUGAGCUAUGAAGUUAUAGCAAUAGAAAAUAAGGACUUUAUGAGUAUCUGUGACUGCAAAAUAAAGAUUGAUCAAGUGCGUCUUCUUGAGGAUCCCAGCCAGAUUGCUUACUCAAAAACUGUUCAACAGCUGCUAGAACGGAAACCCAGAGGAAGUAGAUAUCCUCCUGCACUGGAUGCAGUAAAAGAUCUCAAGCUGAAAGACAUGGAUCUUGUGGAGAGGUACCAUGCAUAUAAUGGGCUACUGCAGCGGAUGGCUGAAAACAAAUGCCAUGGAUGCAUAAAAUUGAAGGAGAACAUAAUGUUGCUAAAGGAGCAAAAGAGGCACAAAGCAGAAGUUAAUGCUUUACAAUAUCAAAUGUCAGAUGAAGCACUUCAACAGAUGCCAGAUUUUCAGGGUCGGAUUGAUGUGUUGAAGGAGAUUAAUUGUAUUGAUUCUGAUCUUGUUGUUCAACUCAAGGGCCGGGUGGCCUGCGAAAUGAACUCUGGGGAGGAGUUGAUAUGCACUGAGUGUUUGUUUGAGAACCAAUUUGAUGACUUAGAACCUGAAGAAGCUGUGGCCAUUAUGUCUGCCCUUGUUUUCCAGCAGAACAACACCUCCAAACCAUCUCUUACUCCUAAGCUGGCUAAUGCAAAACAGAGAUUGUAUAACACAGCAAUUAGAUUGGGGAAGCUUCAAGAGCAGUUCAAAGUUGCUGUAGAUCCUCAGGAGUAUGCACGAGACAAUCUAAAGUUUGGCCUUGUUGAAGUUGUCUAUGAAUGGGCCAAGGGAACUCCUUUUGCAGAUAUUUGUGAGCUUACUGAUGUACCGGAAGGUCUGAUUGUGAGGACCAUAGUGAGAUUGGAUGAAACAUGCCGUGAAUUCAAAAAUGCAGCUUCAAUAAUGGGCAACUCGGCACUUCAUAAAAAGAUGGAGGCUGCAUCUAAUGCCAUCAAGCGUGACAUUGUUUUUGCAGCUAGUUUGUAUGUCACAGGAGUUUGAAUCUGUUUUAAACCUCAUGAUUUCUUAUCUUCAUUGCCUCUGUACUUUGCAGAUGAUCAAGACAGAAAUCCACUCUGCAGUCAUUGUAUUUUAUGCUUGAGGUAACUAGGUAUUAUGUGCUCUUUUGUUAGGGAAUUCUGUUGUUUCUGACGAGAUGUGUAAGCAUAUAGUUUCCGUUGAUGUAGUGUACAAUUGCUAAUCAAUCUCAUAGGCUGAGGCAUUUUUUUCUGACGCUCAAAAUUA